AUGGCAGGAGCGGGUCUCUUACUAUCCGGACCCACUCUUCACUUGUGGUUCACGCGCCUCGCCAAGUUCAUCCCAGGGACAGACGUUCCUCGAGUGCUGCUCAAGAUAGCCAUGGGACAGCUGCUGUACAGCCCUGUUUUCAACUCCGUGUUCUUCUCCAUCAACGCUGCUCUGCAAGGGGAAAACAAGGAGCAAAUCAUUGCUCGCCUGAGACGAGACUUGAUACCCACCCUCAUCAGCGGCGCCUGCUACUGGCCUGUCUGUGACUUCAUCACGUUCCGAUACGUCCCCGUGAGACUGCAG